GGCGCCCACGCUCCUUCCUCCUUCGGUGCCCUCCGUUCCUCCUGUCCGAGGCAGAAGGGGUUAACGGGCCGUUCCAUUCCUCCGCGGCGGGAGGGGGAGCAUUUUUGGGUUGGGCCGUCCCGAAGGGGAGGGGCUCCCUCGCGGAGGGGGGCGGGGCUGUGCCGGUGGGAGACACGCGUGCGGAGCUGAUCACGGGCCUUCCUGCACGAGGGCACUCAGCACCCCUUCCUCCUCCCUGUUUGCAGCUUUCCGAAUGGCUUCCAAGAGAGCGUUGGUGAUUCUGGCCAAAGGGGCCGAGGAGAUGGAGACCGUCAUCCCCACCGAUGUCAUGAGGAGGGCGGGCAUUGCUGUGACCGUCGCAGGCCUGGGCGGAAAAGACCCCGUGCAGUGUAGCCGGGACGUCGUGAUCUGUCCAGACAAGAGCUUGGAGGAGGCCCAGAAGGAGGGUCCCUAUGAUGUGGUGGUCCUGCCAGGAGGAAACCUGGGUGCUCAGAACCUGUCAGAGUCUCCUCGGGUGAAGGACGUCUUGAAGGACCAGGACGGCCGGAAGGGGCUCAUUGCGGCCAUUUGUGCAGGUCCCACAGCUCUGCUGGCCCACGGAAUAGGCUUUGGAAGCAAAGUGACCACCCACCCCUUGGCCAAGGACAAAAUGAUGAAUGGAGAUCACUACAAGUACUCGGAGAGCCGCGUGGAGAAGGAUGGGCACAUUCUGACCAGCCGAGGCCCUGGCACCAGCUUCGAGUUUGGCCUUGCCAUCGUGGAAGAGCUGCUGGGCAAGGAGGUGGCUGCCCAGGUUAAGGCGCCUCUGGUGCUGAAGGAUUAGGGGCCCGGGUCCCCUCCAGAGAAUCCCGAGGGUGCCGUGCUUUGAUUUGUCGAGAGAGCCGCUGGGAGGAGAGACACGGAUGAGGCCCUGAAUCCUUCGCUUCGUCCUUAGAGCACUUUAGCAAAUUUAGCUCCGGUCCCGAAAGCGGUCCAGAGAGAUCCAACAUCUCAGUGACAUCCCUCCCGGUUGUUCCACUUCCCUUUUGUGCCUCCUGGAUCUUUUUUUUUUUUUGCUUUCAGUAAAAGAGGGCUUCUCCACCACAA